AUGGGUUUCACCCUGGAAGAGAUGAAGAUGGUGCAUGCUCGACUUAGCGAUCUCAUCGCGGCAAGUAGCCAGGAGCUGACGCAGACGACCGGUGUCCUGGACUUCGUCGCUGGCAUCGACACAGACACACAGCAGCAGCUGGCCAACGCCGCGAGCAGUGUUCGUGGCCGCCGGGGCCGCAAGGCUGUCCUGAACGCGGAGGAAGAGACGGCCGAGAAUCUUCGUCUGUAUGCGGAAAUCGAAGCCAAGAUGGGCCGGGCGUGGAUGAAGAAGUAUGACCUGCAGGAGUCCAAGCGGCUUUUGGAGGCGAAGAAGUAG